GAGCUCUUUUGCGUCAUAUGCACUGUACGUCGUCUUUAGCCAAGUGCAGCACGAUGGGACGAAUUGGGGAGUUAUCGAUUCUUAUUUUGUCUUUUUGGCAUGUAGUAUUUGUAUGUGGUGCCGAUGAAAUUUUGGUUGCAUGUGGGGGUUUCGUAAAGUCAGAUGUGGACAUUAAUUUUUCACUUAUUGAGAUAAAGUUGUACACUAAGCAGGGCUCUCUGAAAUACCAAACUGACUGUGCACCUAUCAAUGGUUACUUCAUGAUCCCACUCUAUGACAAGGGUGAUUUUGUUUUAAAAAUAGAACCACCGUCAGGAUGGAGCUUUGAGCCAACAGCGGUUGACCUACACAUUGAUGGAAUUAAUGACAUCUGCACUAAAGAACAAGACAUCAAUUUCUUGUUUACAGGGUUUUCAGUCUUGGGAACUGUCUUGAGUAAGGGGCAUUUGUUGGGCCCUGCAGGAGUUGAAAUUAGCUUAAGAAAAUCAGGAGAUGAUGAUGUUCUUCAGAAAGUCCUCACAACUGCAUCAGGCCAAUAUACCUUCCACAAGGUGCUUCCAGGAGGUUAUGACAUCACAGGUUCUCAUGCCUCAUGGACCCUGGAACAGAGCUCAACCACUGUGGUUGUGUCAAAUGAAAAUGCCCCUGCUGCAGCCCCCCUCGUGGUUAAAGGCUAUGAUGUCUCUGGUGAGGUGCAAAGUGAUGGUGAACCCAUGAGUGGAGUCAAUUUUCUCCUCUAUUCUUCCAGUAUAAUGCAGGAGGAUAUUAUUGGCUGCAAUGUGGCUCCAGUAGAUGGGGCUUUAGCUGGCAAUCCAUUCCUAAUGUAUUUGUGCAGUGCCCAAUCACGUGAGGAUGGCACCUUCUCUUUUCCCUGCCUUCCUAGUGGUGAAUACACUGUGAUCCCGUUUUACAGAGGAGAGAGAAUCACUUUUGAUGUGGCCCCUUCUCGCCUAGACUUUAAAGUACAGCAUGACAGUUUGGUGUUGGAGCCAGUAUUCCGGGUCAUGGGAUUUUCGGUGAUGGGCAGAGUUCUGAAUAGCCCCAAUGGAGAAGGUGUUGCAGAUGCAGUAGUGAUGCUCAACAAUCAAAUUAAAGCGGAAACUAAAGAAGAUGGAUCAUUUCGGUUGGAAAAUAUGACCACAGGCACUUACACCAUUAACACCCAAAAAGAGCUGAUGUUCUUUGAGCCAAUCACUGUCAAAAUUGCGCCCAGCACUCCUCAGCUGCCAGACAUCAUCACUGCAGGGUUUAGCAUGUGUGGCCAGAUCUUAGUCAGCCAUCUUCCUGAGGGUGUUAAGCAGCUUGGACGCUACAAAGUUACACUCUCAUCCCAGAGACAAGAUGAGGGCUUUUUCCGCACUGUAGAAAGUGACAAUCAAGGAGCAUUCUGCUUUCAAGUAAAACCAGGGUACUACAGCGUGCAGGUGACCCUGCCUGAAGCUGAAAUGAAAGCUGGACUUGCUCUGCAGCCCCACUCUCUUGAUGUCUCACUAGUGGACCAUCCUAUCACUGACCUUCUCUUUACCCAGUUUAUAGCAUCGGUCUCUGGCUCUGUGUCAUGUCUCGUGGCAUGUGGAGAUCUGACUGUCACCCUUCAGCCCAUGAGCAGACAAGGAGAGAGCCAGAACCUCCAGCUCUCUGGCAGAAGUGAAACCCUCAGCUUUUCUUUCAGUAAUGUGCUACAUGGCAAGUACAAAGUGUCGAUCACCCAGGAUGAGUGGUGCUGGAAGCACAAGUCUGUGGAGGUUGAUGUACUGGACUCAGAUGUUCAGGGAGUUGAGUUCAGACAGACUGGAUACUUGCUCCGCUGCACACUGUCCCAUGCCAUCACUUUGGAAUUUUUCCAAGAUGGAAGUACACCAGAGAAUGUUGGCAUAUACAACCUGUCUAAAGGAGUCAAUCGCUUCUGUCUGUCCAAACCAGGUGUUUACAAAGUGACUCCACGUUCCUGCCACCAGUUUGAACAGGACUACUACACUUACAACACGUCUGCUCCAAGCAUUUUAACCCUUACUGCUGUCCGACACCACAUGACAGGAGUCAUCACAACUGAUAAGAUGUUGGAUGUUACAGUCACUAUUAAAUCUUCCAUUGAGAGUGAGCCUGCUUUGGUUCUGGGACCCCUUCUCUCAGUUGAGGAACAGCGACGAGAGCAACAGCUCCAGGAAAUAGCUGCCCGUAUGAAGGAGAGAGAGAAAAGAGGAGAAGAGCAGAGCCCACCUGUGCUAGAGAACCUGAAGGAACUUCACAAGCCUUUCCACUAUGAGUUCUCCUACUGGGCACGAGCCGGGGAGAAGAUUACAGUCACACCCUCAUCCAAAGAAUUUCUGUUUUACCCUCCUGAAGUAGAUGCUACAAUCACCGGAGAAAACUGUCCGGGACAGAUGGUGGAGAUUGCAGGUCGGGCAGGGCUGUUUCUUACGGGGCAGGUGUCGCCUAUGCUGGAGGGUGUGGAAAUCUCCAUUAAGGAAAAUGAAGCCACAACCCCUCUCAUUACGGUUCUUACUGAUGAGAAUGGAAGCUACAGUGUUGGACCCCUACAUAGUGACUCUCAGUAUUACAUCAGUGCUAGUAAAGAGGGCUUUGUCCUGACCAAUGUGGAGGGAAAGACAGGAGACUUUAAGGCAUUUGCUUUGGCAGGUGUCACUUUUGAGAUAAAGGCAGAGGAUGAUGUCCCUCUCUCUGGGGUUCUGCUCUCUUUAAGUGGGGCCAACUUCCGCUCAAACUUGCUUACACAGGACACAGGCCUCCUAACCUUCAACAACCUGAGUCCUGGACAGUAUUAUUUUAAGCCCAUGAUGAAGGAGUUCCGCUUUGAGCCCUCAGCACAGAUGAUCACAGUAGAGGAAGGCCAGGUCCUCCAUAUUCCCAUUACUGGCUUCAAGACAGCUUACAGCUGCUAUGGGACAGUGCAGUCACUAGGUGGCGAUGCAGAGCAGAGUGUUGCAGUGGAAGCAGUGGGCCAGGGAGAGUGCAGCAUUUACAGCGAGGACACAGUAACUGAUGAGGAAGGCCGCUUUAGACUCCGAGGAUUACUGCCUGGGUGUAACUACAACAUUCAACUGAGAGGAGAAGGAAAUGAUCAUAUAGAGAGAGCUCUCCCGUCACACAAAACAAUUGAAGUGGGCAACAGUGAUAUUGAAGGAAUAAACAUUAUCACUUUCAGGCAGAUCAAUCAGUUUGAUCUGAGCGGCAAUGUCGUCACUUCCUCUGAACAUCUUUCAACUCUCUGGGUAAAGCUAUACAAGAGUGACAACCCCGACAAUCCCAUCCAGAGUGUGUCGCUUGGCCAGUCACUGUUCUUCCACUUUGCCCCCCUGCCGCGUGAUGAAGAGACCUAUGUCUUGAUGCUGGACACAUCGCUAUCUGGAUCCCAGUAUGAUUUUAAGCUUCCACAGGUCUCCUUCACAUCCUCUGGUUACAACAAACACGUAACACUCACUUUUAACCCAAAGAGAAAAAUACCAGAUCAAGAUAUUGCCCAGGGGUCGUACAUUGCCCUUCCUCUGACACUGCUGCUGUUACUUGCUGUGUAUAAUCAUGAGCGGGUGAUCCCAUUUCUUCUGCAGCUGGUCAAUCAGAUCCAGGGUGUUCGUGGACUUGCUCAAACAAGCGGAGAUGGACUUGCUGUGGAUGAAGCCAAACGCCAAUCAAAGAGGCCAAAGAUGAGACGCACAUGAGACCCCAGUAUGAAUGCCAAGCCUGCCACGGCAUUCAGGUCUCACAAGCCUCUGGAUCAUGUCUGCCUGACUGCCUGAGUUCUAUCAUAUAAAUUCAAAUAGGGUCACCAGGUUUCAUGGACAUCUUAAGUGUUAUCAAAUAAUGUCUUCUGAGGUUCUUUUACUGUGGUUUUAGUUUCCAUAGUAUUCUGGUCGCACAGAUUGGUAUCCCUAUUUUUUGCAGUCCCUAAAAUAUGUGAAUGUGGCUCAGGGAUGCUGUGUGUGAUUGUGUAUUUAUGUUUGUGAGAGAUUGCUCGGGGGAGAAUGGCUGAUUUAAUUACUACAAAUGUGUGUUUGUUUUCUUCUUACUGGUAUUUGGAGUUAAAAACCUAGGUAAUUGAUUAUGAUUCCAAUAGUUUGCUUGGCUGAAUGAGUUAUUUAUUAACAAUUAUGUCCAAUACAAUUUUUGUAAUUUCUACAUUUUAUAAAUCCCCUACUCCCACUAAAGGUUAUCAGUUCAGUUUUUAUUACAUCUAAAUUACUUGAAUUUAUAGCAUUUAUUAGCAAUUUUCAGACAUUUUUUCAUUAAAUUGAGUACAUGUGAUUUUUUGUUUUUUUGUUAAAACACACAAAACAUAACUAAAUACUUAAAAUAACAUUUUUGACAUUUUCCAAAUAAAUGAACUAAUGGUU